AUGAGUGUCCUAUAUAGAUAUAAGAAUUUUAUUUUUAUAGAUCAUAAGGAAUUUAUUACAAAAAUAUACGAAAAUGUAGAUAGAAAUUCAGAAGAUUCACAAAUAGUUGAGAAACAAUGUUUUACAAUAACACGGAGAAUAUUUUCUAUUAGAAACAAUAAAGAAAAAUACUUUGAAACAAAAAAAAGAACACGCGAAAGUGACAAAAUUCUAGACGAAGCAUCUAAAGUAAAGCAGAUGUACCAUGAAUUUAUUCAAAAUAUUCCUUUGAGAACAAAAAAGGAUUUAAAUUCUUGUAACUUGCUUGAAACAUCAGAUGUAAGAGACCUUGCAAAGAAAUACUUUGAAUCUACAGUAUUUGAUCAUAAUGGGUUAAGUGGAGGAAAUAAUUCAGAACUUGCUUUAAAAUGUAAAGUGAAAGAUGAUUACUUUCUCUUUCCAAAAUACUCAAAAUUUUUUUGUGGUUGUGUAAAGGAACAAUGUAAAAAUUUGAUUGGUUAUAAGUAUGACAUAGUAAUAGCUGAUCCUCCAUGGUGGAAUAAAUACAUAAGAAGGUUGAGACAUGCCAAUGAUAAAUUAGGCUAUUCAAUGAUGUAUAAUGAAGAUAUAGCCUCAAUACCAGUGAAGGAACUUCUUUCAGACAACUGUAUAGUUGCUGUAUGGUGUACAAAUGCACCAAGUAAUAUAUCUGCGAUAAAAAACAUAAUAUUUCCAGCUUGGGGUGUAGAAUAUAUAACAACAUGGUAUUGGUUAAAAGUGACUGUAGAUUUAGAACCCCUUUGUGAUUUUGGAGUGGGAUGCAGAAAACAACCAUAUGAAAGAAUAAUAUUGGGAACAGUUGGUAAUAUGAAUGUACCAAAGGAUUGUUUAGUCACAAGUAUUCCUAGUGCAUUGCAUUCACACAAACCACCAUUAUUGGAUUUAUUGUCACCAUAUGUUAAUAAAGACAACCCACAAAUCCUGGAGCUAUUUGCAAGAUACCUUCUUCCUAAUACAACAAGUGUUGGAUAUGAACCUUUAAAAUGGCAACAUGUAUCUUUGUAUGAAGAAAGC